AUUUCUAUGGCUACUUCACUGGUCGUCCACUCGAGUCAGCAGUCAAACGCAUGUUUCAGAAUAACCAGAGAAUAGAAAUAUCUACACUAUCCAGAUUUAUCCUAUAUAUAAUAAUAGGUCACACAAUUGUAACUUGGAAACCGAAAAUCAGUAGUGAAAUGGCUCCCGCAAAGGCACACCUCCACAACCUUCUGCUUGUGUUCAUAACUUACUUCCUCAAGCUUAGCACUGCAGCGCCUUGCCUCCCGGAUCAGGCUUCUUCCCUCCUCCAGCUAAAGGCUUCCUUCAUCGGUGACAGCUUACCAUCAUGGCAAGCUGGAACGGAUUGCUGCCACCACUGGGAGGGCGUCACCUGUGACAUGGCCUUUGGAAGAGUCAUUUCUCUUGACCUCGGUGAGUUCGACCUGACGAGCAGUUAUCUUGAUCCUGCAUUGUUCAACCUCACCUCUCUCAGGAACCUCAGCCUUGCAUUCAGUGACUUCAAUGAAGCCUUUCUCCCAGCUUCCGGGUUUGAGCGGCUCACAAAUAUGAUCCACCUCAACCUCUCGUGGACCAGUUUUCGGGGUCAGAUUCCAAUUGGAAUUGCUUGCCUCAAGAACCUUGUCACCAUUGACUUGUCUGGUAAUUAUGCUUUGUAUUUUGAACGGCCAAGUUUCCAAACCUUCAUGGCCAAUAUGAGCAAUCUGAGGGAGCUUUAUCUUGAUGGAGUGGGUUCACUACGGCAGAUUGGAUCGAAUUGGUCAAGUGUUUUAGCAGACUCAGUUCCCCAGCUACAGGUUCUUAGCUUGUUUGGGUGUUUUAUAUCAGGUUCUAUCCACCCCUCAUUCUCAAGGCUUCGCUCACUUACGGCGAUCAACUUGGGAGCCAAUUUUGAUCUCACCGGCAAAAUACCUGAGUACUUUUCUGAACUAUCUUCCUUAACCAUUUUAGACAUAUCACGAAAUCAGUUUGAAGGGCGGUUUCCAACAAAAAUCUUCCAGCUAAAAAGUUUGAGGACUCUUGAUUUGUCCGAUAACCCCAUGCUUUCUGUGAGGCUAACACACUUCCCCGCUGGAAAUAAUUUGGAAACACUAAAUCUAGCAGGGACCAAUUUCUCUUAUGACAUGCCGUCCUCGUUUGGCAAUCUUGAGUCUUUAAAGACAUUGGGGCUUAACACGAUGGGCAUUGAUGACAAACUCCCUGCUUUGAUAUCUAAGCUUCCAUUAUUGGACGACCUGCGACUACAACUCAUGGGAUCAAAUUUGGAGAACCCAGUAUUGUCUUGGGUCAGCAAUCUUACCCGACUGACACACCUAAUGCUUAAUGGUUAUGACUUCUCUAAAUCGAUUCCCACUUGGAUCGGCAAACUGAUAAGGCUACAAAGUUUGAAAAUGGAGGACUGCAGUUUCUCUGUGCCAAUACCGUACCAGAUUAGAAAUCUUACAGAAUUGGCAGAGCUGAAGUUAAGGAGUUGUGACUUCUUUGAGCAGAGAAUGCCUUCUUGGAUAGGCAAUCUUACAAAGUUGACUUCUUUGAACAUCUAUAAUUGCAAUUUCUCUGGGUCAAUACCCUCAACAAUUGGGAACUUGAUCCAACUUGAGGAGCUGAUGGUUGAGUCUUCUAACAUCACUGGAAAAAUUCCGAAGUCUUUGUUCACUCUUCCCGUCCUGCAAUAUCUUGUUCUAAAUGGGAAUCAGCUUGUUGGUUCAUUGGAAGACAUUCCUGCUCCUUUUUCCUCACCAUUGAGGAAAAUUGAUUUUGGAAGUAAUCAAUUAACAGGCCCAAUACCCAAAUCAUUUUUUCAGCUUACGAAUCUUCAGGGUCUCAGUCUUGGCUCAAAUAAAUUGACAGGCACAAUAGAACUUGGCUCUAUCUGGAGGUUGAGAAAUCUCAAAUAUCUUAACCUGGGUAACAAUAUGAUAUCACUCGUAGAAAAAGAAGGUGAUACGAUUUUCUCUCAUUCCCUUAAAAUCCAGGUCCUAUACCUUGCAUCUUGCAACCUUAAAAAAUUUCCGGCAUCAUUAAAAUAUCUUGACACUAUUAUGGAUCUCGACCUAUCAAAUAACCAAAUAGAAGGGGCCAUACCAAGUUGGGUAUGGGACAACCGCCCUUUUUGGUUGAACCUCUCAAACAACAUGUUUACUACUUUAGAAAAGUCUCCUAUUGUUCAGAUGACAGAUUUAAUUUCUCUUGAUCUCAGUUUUAAUAGACUUCAAGGAAGCAUACCACCAUUAACUUCAUCCUACCUGCUUCUGUUGGAUUGCUCGACAUCAGAAACUGAAUCUUCCAGGGGCCGCGAGGCAAGUUUCAAACGCCUUCUCUAUACAAGGCGCUGAUGGCGGUAACAGCUCCUCCAAAUGACUUUGCUGAGCUGGUAAGGAACAAUUGUGCACCGCCAAGGGUCAAGUUCUUCAUAUGGCUGCUAGUCCAGAAUCGGAUACCAUACCCGCACCAACUUGCUUAAGAAAUCGGUCAUCACGGAUGCUACUUGCGAACUGUGUCACAACUGUGACGAGUCCGUCGACCACCUCAUCUUCACAUGCCCAGUUGCGGCAAGCUUGUGGCAACACGUGGGCAUAGCGAGAAGCACAAGCGCCACGGUCAGCAACCUGGGCGCGCUGAAGCGACCGGAUGCAAUACCAGCAAAGCACUUCUCCGUCUUCGUCUUUGUGUGCUGCUGGAACAUUUGGAAGGGUAGGAACCGGGUGGUCUUUGAUGCAACAGAACCGUCGCUGCAACUGUUGCUGCGCAACUGCAGAGAGGAAGCUCGAGUCUAGGAACGAGAUCCUCUGCAUUUGCUCUCUGAACGGCAAGGGGACUCGCUACGCCUGAUGCUGUUCGUUUGGCAUCAGACAACACCCAGGUUCAGGAGAUAAUACACAAACUACACCUGCUGGCCCAGGAGCUUUAUACGGCCCAGUCGGACGCAAGCAGUGGAGGAAAAGGGCACGAGGCCGAAGGAAAAGAGCGGGUGAACGAAAUAUAUACAGUGAGGCCAACAGAACCACGACGGAGUUGAUCGCCGGUAGAGAAGCUGUUGUGCUCUUGAAUCUCGUAUGUAAGUCUUAAUCUGUCUUCUCUUGACGUCUUCAACAUGCUAGGCUCAGUGGUACUAAUAUAACAUCUCAUCAUCAGAUUACUUAAACUGCAUCAAACUUUACCUUUUUCUUGAACGAAGUAGCCGGUUGAAAUUGUAUUAUGUGGCAUGGAGAUCGAAGACGCUAAAAUAGAAGAGG